AUGUCACGGACUGUCAACUACGCUGUCGUUUACCGGCCUCCACCAUCGAAUGUGAACAACUUGACUACAACAGGUUUCUUGUCUGAUUUUGAAGAUUUCAUAGACCAUUUGAAUUUGAAUCCUGGUAAGCCUGUUUUACUGGGCGACUUUAAUGUUCAUUUUGACUGCCCGGACAAACAGGAUGUAGCAAGGUUCAUACGGAUUCUCUCAUCAUCUGGACUAUCCCAGCAUGUAUCUGGACCAACACACAGACGAGGUCACACAUUGGAUCUUGUUAUCUCAAGAUCAUCUGAAGGAAUUGUCCACUCAACGCGGGUAAUAGACAGUCGUAUGUCUGACCAUGCAGUCAUAGCCAUAGAUGUAAACCUCCCUAAACCUCCCUCACUUAGGACGUCAAUGCAACGCAGGAAGUUUGGAACAAUUGAUCAUGACAUAUUUGAAGCUGAUCUACUAAACAGGCUAUCCGAUGUACAUUUUGAAGGGAACAUUGAUCUAUUGGUUCAACAAAUCGAUAUGGUAACAACAGAGGUGCUUGAUCGGCAUGCACCAUUAUCUACAUGCUCAUCUCGUGUUCGUCAUCGCCCAAGGUGGUACAAUGCUGCUGUAGAUGAUGCUCGUCGUCAGCGAAGACGUUCAGAAAGGAAGUGGCGAAAGUCUAAAACCAAUGAUGACCUUGUUCAAUAUGAAAUGGCUCAAGAAAUGGUCAGGUCCACUGUAUGUGAAGCCAAAAAGGACUAUCUCAAAGAGUCUCUGUCCUCGAACUCUCCACGUGAAGUCUUUUCAUCCAUUAAUAUGCUUCUAAACAGGAAUGAGCAUGUCCUACCGGACACAUCAUCAUCUUGUAAAUUGGCCAAUGCAUUUUGCAGAUACUUCACUUCGAAGAUCAAAAACAUUCGUCGUCUUAUUGAUGAUCAGAAUGCGGCACCUUUGGACAAUUCUGCAUCAGGACCGGAUCCCCCUUGUGAACUAUCACAGUUUUGCACUUUAACUGAAGAAGAAGUCUUAAAAUUAAUAAAGAGAUCGUCAUCCAAAUCGAGCCCUGCAGAUCCGCUACCGACAUGGCUUUUGAAACGUCACAUUUCAUCAUUCCUCCCCACUCUGACUGAACUCAUUAAUGCUUCGCUGUCAACAGGGACAUUUCCAGCGGCUCUUGGCUCAGCUGUUAUCACGCCAGUUUUAAAAAAACCAUCACUUGACAAAAAUAAUCUACAAAACUACCGGCCAGUGUCAAACAUUCGCUACUACGGGAAGCUGAUCGAGUCUGCUGUUUCUGUUCAACUCACUAAGCACAUUGAAUCAAACGGACUAUCUGAUCCAAUGCAGUCAGCGUAUCGAGCUGGUUAUAGUACAGAAACUGCUCUUCUCCGUCUCCAGAACUACAUAUGUACUUCACUUGAUCAUCAAAAUGCAGUUGGUCUCAUAAGUCUCGACCUAUCAGCCGCAUUCGAUACGGUUGAUAAGGGAAUCCUCCUAAAGCGCUUAGAGGAGUCAUUUGGCAUCACAGGUUGUGCGCUACACUGGUUCUCAUCCUAUUUCCAAAGUAGAAAGUACCAUGUCAGAGUAAAUGGUGCUCAGUCAAAUGUUGAGGACCUGAAAUUUGGAAUCCCACAAGGAUCACUCCAUCAUACCUGUCAAACCUCCUAA